GAUUUGGUGAGGCAAUCUUUUGGCACCUGUUUCCAUGACUCCUCCUCCAUCUCGGCAGCGGGAGGUCAGGAGGCGGGCCCGGGGCGGGCCAACGCAGAGUCUCCGCCCCCUCAACCUUCUCUGGUCGCGGGCCCUGGGGUGGUGUACUGGGGGGCAGCCUGAGCCACAGGAAGGGCACCCUGGGGGAGAGGAGGACGUGAGGCGUUGUGUCCGAGGAAGGUGAGGAGUUGCCCUUCAUUAUCAGCCAGGGACGAGCACGCGGCCACUCUCCCACCCGGCUGCUCACGGUCAGGCGGCAGAAAUGUCAGCCGCCGGCGCCCGGGGCCUGCGGGCCACCUACCACCGGGUCCUCGACAGAGUGGAGCUCCUGCUGCCUGAGAAGUUGAGGCCGUUGUACAACCACCCGGCAGGUCCCAAAACAGUAUUUUUCUGGGCUCCAAUUAUGAAAUGGGGCUUGGUGUGUGCUGGAUUGGCUGACAUGGCCAGACCUGCAGAAAAACUCAGCACAGCUCAAUCGGCUGUUUUGAUGGCAACAGGGUUUAUUUGGUCAAGAUAUUCACUUGUAAUUAUUCCAAAAAACUGGAGUCUGUUUGCUGUUAAUUUCUUUGUCGGUACAGCAGGAGCCUCUCAGCUCUUUCGUAUUUGGAGAUAUAACCAAGAAUUAAAAGCUAAUGCAAACAAAUAAGAGUUCCUGAUCACCCUGACAAUCUAGAUGUGGACAUAACCACUGGGACCUAGUUUGAUUUAUUAUUCGGUUAUUGAUAAGGUGAUGCUAACUGUGCUAAUGUUUGGAAGGCAUAAGACGAAUCUAAUUGUAAUUAGGAGCUAGUAUGUGAUUCAACAGAAAAAAUAAAGCAAACUUUUAAUAAUACUGCCUCUUCACAUAUGACUUAAGGAAUUUAUCUAUGGAUAUUAGUAACAUUUUUCUACUCUUUGUCCAUAAUAAAUCAUACUUGCUCAUACAUA